GAUUAGUGAAUCUGGACAAUUUUAGUGAAAUUAUUGCAUGAUUAGUGAGUAACUAAAUAAAUGUGCAUUUACAUCUAGUGACUAGUUUGUGUUUUAAUAAAGUAUUAUUACGGCAUUUCCGAAUGACGCUGAAUUCAUUGUACGCACUAGCGUCUGUCAGAACACCGAAUCAUUUUUAUAUACAUACUACUAUACACUACUACGCAUAUAGAGACCGCACUGUUGCUUCCUGGUGCUCUGUCGCACAGCCGAGAGUUAACGAGACCAGCGACAUCCGGCGGAACCUCAGGCUGCGCUACGAGAACGAUGUGCAGCACGACAGAGCCCUAGAGUAUUGCGUAGAAUUUGAAGUUAUAAAAGCAUCAAAAGCAUGCCACAGAGAAACUGCUUACAGUGGACUUCAAGAAGGUGAGCGUGUGCUCGUCCGCUGCGAAGCCGAAGCUUUGCACCGAUCUCUGGGGGUCCGAUGCGAGGGCCACGGCGCCCCUGGCAGGGCGACGAGAUUCGCCGCUUUGGCCACACCGUCCUGUCGCGGCAAAUGGUUACGUCUAACGCCAUCCGAUGUCCCGCCGAGUGACUCCUGCCUCAGGCAGCAAGAAACCGAUUCUAGAGCACAAUUCAUAUUUGUUUGAAGGAAUUAGCAUUAAAAGAAUGUUCUAAUAUGACACUUCCAUAUACAUGUCAAUAAACUAACAGCGAAUAUAAAAGGUAAUAUACAUAUCGAUCCACAAGCCGAGCUUGAUUUUAUAUUGAUGAUAUAUAUUGAAUAUAUGUAACGGGUAAACUAGACAUAACUCAUGUUCAUGUAGUUUGAAUCGAUUAUUUAUGUAUUUAUACACAAAGUAGAGCGGGGUAAAAAGGUCCACCACCAAUAUCUCAAAAACUAAAGUUUUUGCAAUUAUUUAACAAGAAUAUUUGAAAGUAGAGAAAAAAUAUUGCCUCAAAUCUGUCGACUUCGCUAUCACGAGAUAAACUGCCACAUUGGAAAGAAAGUCUUUUUUUCCUUGUUAGUCCUUCUGUUUUGAACACAGUUGUUUAGUUUACGAUAACUGAACACAAUGUUCAAGUAUACUUCAUUUGAUUGAUUUAUAAUAUGCAUUGUUUUUUUUUAAGUUAGAUUCAAUAGUUUUAUUUUUAUAACCUCUAGAACAGCUUACAUAUGGUUGAGGUAAAAAGGACCACCUAAACCUUCAUACUGGCGAGGUGUAAACAAUAAGAAACUAGUAAAAAAUAUAUAACAGAUAUUUUACAAAAAAAAAAUAAAUUAAUAGUUAUUCCAACUCUAAUGAUUAAUUCUUCUUACAAAGUUAUAUAUGAAGGUUGUAUC